AUGCCAACGCCUCAAGUACCGCACAUUAGUGAAGACAACUUUCACUACGCCAUUUCGACCUCCCCAUCAUCCGCGCAGUCAUCGUCCCCAAUUGUCAUCUACCUCAUAGCAGGAAACCCAGGCUUGAUAGGAUACUAUCACACUUUUCUCUCGUUACUGUCAGAGAAUAUCAAAUCGCAGGCUAUUCGACAGGAGCAGAAAUGUACAUAUCAUGUAUACGGACACAGCCUCGCAGGCUUUGAGCUCGAAGAACGCGCGAGCGACGAUGCCGUUCCACAUGCGCGCUACUACGACUUGGAAGAGCAGAUCCGCUUUGUGCAGAACAAGUUGGAUACCUUCAUCGCUACUCUGAAAGGCAUUAGUGCAGGAGCGUCUUCUAAUCCCAAACCGAAGGUGAUUCUUAUUGGUCACUCGGUGGGAAGUUACAUAGCCAUGGAGACCCUGCGACGGCAUCGCGACAGGACAAAAUCUGGAGACAGCCCCAUCGACUUCGACAUCAUCGGCGGUGCUAUGCUAUUCCCUACUGUCGUUGACAUUGCAAAGUCCCCGUCGGGUCAAAAAUUGACUCUUGCGCUUGUAGCGGGUCUUCUCGUCCGCGUUCUCGUGGCGCUUGUGCCGCAUUCUGUUCUGCGUUCUCUGGUCAGUUUUUACAUGGGCUCCCCGCCCGACGGUGCGGUAGACACCACGACUGCUUUUAUAAAGAGCGUCCGGGGUGUGCGGCAGGCAUUGCAUAUGGCGGCAGAUGAGAUGCAGACAAUCACGUCAGAUCAAUGGAAUGAUGAUGUCUGGGGCAUGUCGACAGUCCAGGACCCCGUAUCGAGACUGUUCUUCUACUUUGGCCGCAAUGAUCAUUGGGUUGCGGAGCGGACGCGCGACGAGAUUAUUGAGCUCCGAGGACAGGCGCCAGACGGCCCAAAAAUGGUGGUUUGUGAGGAGGGUCUCCCACAUGCCUUCUGUCUUCGCCAUAGCGACGUCAUGGCCAAGAAAGUGGCUACUAUGAUCAUGGAUAUCACUGCAGACUAA